AGGGAAAAGGGAAGCGCCACCGGAAGCCAGGAAGGUGCUGUGUAAUCUCCAAGGAGCCGAGGCACCUGGAUCUCCCAAAAUGCCGGAUUACCUCGGGGCCGAUCAGCGGAAAACCAAAGAGGAUGAGAAAGACGACAAGCCCAUCCGAGCUCUGGAUGAGGGGGACAUUGCCUUGCUGAAAACUUACGGACAGAGUACCUACUCCAGGCAGAUCAAACAGGUUGAGGAUGACAUUCAGCAGCUUCUCAAGAAAAUUAAUGAGCUCACUGGUAUUAAAGAGUCUGACACUGGUCUGGCCCCACCAGCACUAUGGGAUCUGGCUGCAGAUAAGCAAACGCUCCAGAGUGAACAGCCUUUGCAGGUUGCACGGUGUACAAAGAUAAUCAACGCUGAUUCGGAGGACCCGAAAUACAUUAUCAACGUGAAGCAGUUUGCCAAGUUUGUGGUGGACCUUAGUGAUCAGGUGGCACCCACUGACAUUGAAGAAGGAAUGAGAGUUGGUGUGGACAGAAAUAAGUAUCAAAUUCACAUUCCACUGCCUCCUAAGAUUGAUCCAACCGUUACCAUGAUGCAGGUGGAGGAAAAACCUGACGUCACAUACAGUGACGUUGGUGGCUGCAAGGAACAGAUUGAGAAGUUGCGAGAAGUGGUUGAAACCCCACUACUGCAUCCAGAGAGGUUCGUGAACCUUGGCAUUGAGCCUCCCAAGGGUGUGCUGCUCUUCGGUCCACCGGGUACAGGCAAGACGCUCUGUGCGCGGGCAGUUGCUAAUCGGACUGAUGCGUGCUUCAUUCGAGUUAUUGGAUCUGAACUCGUGCAGAAGUACGUCGGUGAGGGGGCUCGAAUGGUUCGUGAGCUCUUUGAAAUGGCCAGAACAAAAAAAGCCUGUCUUAUCUUCUUUGAUGAAAUCGAUGCCAUUGGAGGGGCUCGGUUUGAUGAUGGUGCUGGAGGUGACAAUGAAGUGCAGAGAACAAUGCUGGAACUGAUCAAUCAGCUGGAUGGCUUCGAUCCUCGAGGCAAUAUCAAAGUGCUGAUGGCCACUAACAGACCGGAUACUUUGGAUCCAGCACUGAUGAGGCCCGGGAGGUUGGACAGAAAGAUUGAAUUUAGCUUACCUGAUCUCGAGGGUCGGACUCACAUCUUUAAGAUCCAUGCUCGUUCGAUGAGUGUUGAAAGAGAUAUCCGAUUCGAAUUGCUAGCACGACUUUGUCCAAAUAGCACUGGUGCCGAGAUCAGAAGUGUCUGCACAGAAGCUGGUAUGUUUGCCAUCAGAGCGAGGAGGAAAAUUGCUACGGAGAAGGAUUUCCUGGAAGCUGUAAAUAAGGUCAUUAAGUCUUAUGCCAAGUUCAGUGCUACUCCUCGCUACAUGACAUACAACUGAGCCCCUACGGCUUUCAAAUGAAAACACUUCUUUCAAUUGGAAUCCUAACCUUUUAUAGACUUAAUAACCACCUCACAAAAAAUAAAUGGCUUCAAAAUUGUAUGCUUUUUUCCAGAUGUCUUUUCUGUAGUAUAAUGAAAGGUGCCAGUAGCGAAUGUAGUUGGGCGGCCAAGCUUAUUGCACCACUGCUGCCUGCUUUUUGGCCCAUUAUUGUAAAGAGGGUUCACAUCAUGUACAGUUAUGUUAGAUGGUUCACAGGCCCAGUGCACACUCGAUCUCAUCGUGUUCUCCCACCUGCCCAGUGACCAUGGUUCCAUGGGUCUGGAUCUAACGGAUGCACACUUUCCUGAUUUACUUAGUGCAGCAGAGCUAGCAUUCAAGUCUGUUUGUCACUUCCAUUAUCUAUAAUCUUAUUAAAAUAGCUCAUCUAGGUCUAUGAGUACAUGCAUAACAGUCCCUCCCCACCCCCACCCCAAA